GUUCCGGACCGUGAGCUUCCUGGCUCCUGGGCAGUGGGGAAGCCCCCGGGGGCGGGUGACCUCAGCUGGCCACGACCCAGCCCUCCUCCGUGCGUAACUCGCUUAAGAUGGCAGCAGAGUCAGGGGAGCUAAUCGGGGCUUGCGAGUUCAUGAAAGAUCGGUUAUAUUUUGCUACUUUAAGGAAUAGACCAAAAAGCACAGUAAAUACCCACUAUUUCUCCAUCGAUGAGGAGCUGGUCUAUGAAAAUUUCUAUGCAGAUUUUGGACCUCUGAACUUGGCAAUGGUAUACAGAUACUGCUGUAAACUAAACAAGAAACUAAAAUCGUACAGUUUAUCAAGAAAGAAAAUAGUGCAUUACACCUGUUUUGACCAACGGAAAAGAGCAAAUGCAGCAUUUUUGAUAGGUGCUUAUGCGGUAAUCUAUUUGAAGAAGACCCCAGAAGAAGCCUACAGAGCACUACUAUCUGGCUCCAACAAUUCCUAUCUUCCAUUCAGGGAUGCUUCCUUUGGAAAUUGCACUUACAAUCUCACCAUCCUCGACUGUUUGCAGGGAAUCAGAAAGGGAUUACAACAUGGAUUUUUUGACUUUGAAACGUUUGAUGUGGAUGAAUAUGAACAUUAUGAGCGAGUUGAAAAUGGUGACUUCAACUGGAUUGUUCCAGGAAAAUUUUUAGCAUUUAGUGGACCACAUCCAAAAAGCAAAAUUGAAAAUGGGUACCCUCUUCACGCCCCUGAAGCCUACUUUCCCUACUUCAAAAAGCACAACGUGACUGCAGUCGUGAGGCUGAACAAAAAAAUUUACGAGGCGAAGCGCUUCACAGAUGCUGGCUUCGAGCACUACGACCUCUUCUUCAUAGACGGCAGCACUCCCAGCGACAACAUCGUGCGCAGGUUCCUGAACAUCUGUGAGAACACCGAGGGCGCCAUCGCCGUGCACUGCAAAGCUGGUCUUGGAAGAACAGGGACAUUGAUAGCCUGUUAUGUCAUGAAACACUACAGGUUUACACACGCUGAAAUAAUUGCUUGGAUCAGAAUAUGCCGGCCAGGUUCCAUUAUAGGACCCCAACAGCACUUCUUGGAAGAAAAACAAGCAUCAUUGUGGGUCCAAGGAGACAUUUUCCGAUCCAAACUGAAAAACAGACCUUCCAGUGAAGGAAGUAUUAAUAAAAUCCUUUCUAGCUUGGAUGAUAUGUCUAUUGGUGGAAACUUAUCUAAAAUACAAAACAUGGAAAGGUUUGGAGAGAAUAAUCUAGAAGAGGAUGAAGAUGUGGAAAUGAAAAAUAAUAUAACCCAGGGAGACAAACUACGUGCCUUAAAAAGUCAGAGACAGCCACGUUCCUCUCCGUCUUGUGCAUUUAGGUCAGAUGACAUGAAAGGGCACCCGAGAACAGUGUCCCAGCCUUUCAGAUUAAGUUCUUCCCCACAAGGAUCUGCAUGUACGCUGAAGACCUCAAAAGUGGCUUUGUCCCCUUCGGCGACAGCCAAGAGGAUAAACAGAGGUACUUCGUCCUCAGGCGCCAAUGUCAGAAGCUUUUCCAUAAACUCUCGGCUAGCCAGCUCUCUAGGGAACUUGAAUGCUGCAGCUGAUGAUCCAGAGAACAAAAAGACCGCCUCGUCCGCUAAGGCAGGUUUCAUAGCCAACCCAUUCACCAACCUCUUGAAUGGCAGCUCCCAACCGACAGCCAGGAAUUACCCAGAGCUCAACAACAACCAGUACAACAGAAGCAGCAGCAGCGGCGGGGGCAACCUGAACAGCCUCCCGGGCCCCCUCAGCGCCAAGACAGAGGAGCCGGCCAGCGUCCUCCGACCCGCCUACCCCAACCUUUCUUCAUCUCCAGCGAGAUUCCUGAGCCGUUCUAUCCCCUCCCUUCAGUCUGAAUAUGUUCCUUACUAAGGCCUUGCCACUCCAGGAAAACUGUACCGCUCUUAGAAACAAUUUCUUCAUCUGGACAAGCAAUGUAGAGGGAAAGCAGCUGCUUGCUGGAAGAAUAUCUCUGCCUUCUUACCUUAAAUUAAAGAAAGCACUCAGAUAACACCUUCAAGAGACUUGAAACCAGAAACCUGGUUAAUGACUACUAUAGAUGCACUGAAACUAUGUUUAUGGAGAAUUCAACACUUUUUAAGAGAGUUUUCAAUGUUGACUUUGGUAUUUUGAAAGGUUAUUUUUAAUGUAUUUCAAUAAUACAUUUGUUAUUACAUUUACAUGUACAGUGUUACAUUAUGUAUGUAUUGUGAACUUUAAAAGACUAUUUUGAUAAAUUUAUGAAUAUAUAAAAAUAGACUAUAUUUUGAUUUAGAUUUUCCUGCUGUUUGCUACCAAAAAUUUGUAUAUUCAAUUUGUUUAGUUUUAUUGUGGUUUUGUCUACAAUGAAUAAAUAAUUCCUCCUUAUUAAGAAAAAGUAAGGGAGAAUGUAUUGAGGAAGUGAUUUUUUAUGCUCCCACGAUACACACAGCUGAUCAGUUCAUUCUUUUGGGAAGUCGUUCUAAUUUACUGAGUUCUUUCAAGUUUACCUCUACCAAGAGGAUCAUUGUUGAUGUGGCUUAUUGAGGACAAAAACCUUUUCUCUUUGUUUUCUGUUGUUGAGUUCUGCAUCCUUGGGGCCUUUCAAAAAAUUAGCAUCCAGUCGAAGAUCAAAAUUCACUGAGUGUUUCCUGGAAGCAUGAUUUUCCUCUGUGAUAUGACUGAACAUUCCAAAUGCUUUUAUUUCUUUCCUUCUCUCAAAAGAGUUCUUCUUUUUUGAAAUGCCUUAAACAAUUUAUUUGGCUUAUAUUUUCUCUUUUACAUAUGCAGAAUACAGGGAUAUAUAUUUUAAAUUCCACAUCCAAAGUCUUUCAGCACUCUGUCACUAAAUAAAUGUACAAUACUGAUUUGAAUUACCAAAAAAGCACUUCAAAUAGUUUUCCCUAAUUAGAAUAUCCUGCUUUUGGUACAAGGUCGUUGCCUUGUUAUCAUACGUAGUCUGAUGCCAGUUUUAAGUUACUGAUGAGAAAAAACCUAAAAAGAUGCUGCUAAGUAGUGCUCUGUGUUCUGGGAGAUACUUUACGAAGAGAGUGCAACCGCCUGGUGUGCACACUGUUAUAUCAGGAACCUAGCAUGAAAAUGAAAGGACCCCCUUAUGGGUACUCACAAGCCCUUUCAUGUAAGUACGAUCUGAAAUUCACAUCUCCAGAAACCUGCAGGCGUUAUUUCUGUGAGGAGUUGGGAGCCUUAGAUCCUGGUUCUCUGCCAGGCUGCUGAAGAAGGGACUGCUCCGAUGCUGAAAGAGCUACUUAAAUGGCUUCCUCUGAAGUGCUUUACCCUCCACCAUUGAUUACUUAGGAUGUAUUUAUUAGGUGGAGGCACCUUGAGACUAUUACACAUGCUUCAGCAAGGCGUCUUGUUCUUGUUUCAUAUUUUUAAAAGGCAUUUGAUUGAAUGUUAGACUCAGGUUUGUUAACAUAACUUUCAAUAAAUGCAGUACCAAAUAAUUGCACUCAUCUGAUGAGAAAAUGAACUGUAUGUUUUAAGAAUCCAAACUUAAAAUAAGUGGAAUUAAAUUGUAUAUCUUUUCUAAAGCUGAAAAUAAAAUAUUUUAUUAUGUUAUUGUAAAAGAAAUUGGUUAAUUGUAUAGGAAAAUUAUAGUAUUUUUUCAAAGGAUCAUUGUAAAGAAAUUCAGAUGAUGUUUGAGAAGUAGGAGAAAGGGAACCAUGUUGAUAUUUUUAGUUCUGUGAACACUAAUUUGUGUGCAGCUAUGAAAAUGACUGUAAAGCUGACUACUGUAAAUUUUCCAGAAUUAUGUGUGUAUAUAAGUCAUAUGUAUCUACAUGUGUAUGUCUUAACACUAGUUAUACACAUGUGCAUACCAAGAAGUGGAUGUAUAUAAUAUAGAAAGUAUAUAGCAAAGUAAUUCUACUCCAAUAAUAAAAAUUGUUUGACAUGUAUUUUGUUAUGAAUAGUUUACCUUCCAAAAGAUAUUUUGUUCUAUUUUAAAGUGUAGAAGAAUACACUGCUAAUAAAUAAUAAACAUUUUAUGAAAUUUAUUUGUUCCUUGGCUUUUAUAAUUUGGAUAUUGAGUUAUCAAUACACUGAUGUCUCCCCAUAAUUUUAUUUUUGAUUCAGUCUGGUUGGUUCCUUUUAAGUUUCUCAAGAUUUUCUUCCUGGAUUUUUAGUUCAUUUAUUGACUUUCUAGCAUAAGGCUAUUGCCUGAAAUAUGUGACAGUGACCACAAAGAAAACGUAUUCUUUGAAUCUCACAAAAGUCAGAUGUUAGAUCCUCACUCUCUUUCUUUCUAAUUUUCCUUUUUGUUAAUAAA